CGACGUUUUUAAACCCUAGUUUGUAAUUGGUCUUAAACCCAUCUCCGAUCCCAACUUCCCAGAAUUCGAUUUCUGCCGUGAAAUUUGUUUGUUUCCCCGAAUUUCACGACGAUAAUCGAAAGAGGAAGACGAUGGUUUGGUUUCAAUGCGAGGACUGUGGAGCGAGUCUGAAGAAGCCAAAGCUCCCGCCUCACUUCAGGAUGUGCAGCGCCACAAAGUUAUCGUGCCUCGACUGUGGAGAAAUGUUUGGGAAAGAUAGUGUUCAAGGACAUAACCAGUGCAUUACCGAAGCUGAGAAAUAUGGUCCAAAAGGUCAGUCAAAGCCAUCUAAUGGCACACCUGCAAAGCCAAAGGACAACUCGAAGCAACAGCCAGAUUUCGAUAUAAAUGUUGGCUUAUCAAAUCGUUUCCUGGUUAGUGCAUUGUAUGAUGAUAGAGCGAAUGUUAGGCUUUCGUUUCAAAUUUUGUGUAACACAAAGGCUACAAGCCAGCAGACUUUGCUUGCCCAUGCCGAUGGGAAGAAACACCGAGGAAAAGCAAAAGCCUUUCAUGCUAAACAGCAACCACAGCAAUCCACGGUGGAUGCAACCGAGAAUGCUCUUAAUGGUGAUUCCGAAGAGAAGAAAGUAGAUUUAUUACCUGUCUCCUCGGCUGCUGCGAAUGGAGAGUCUCAUGCUGAGAAGAAGAGAAAGCUAGAGACUUUGGACGGAACGAGUAACGGAGAGGUAGUUCAAGGCGAGGAAUCAAAAGGAGGUGAAGUGAAGAAAGCGAAGAAGCAGGACGAUGAGAAGAAAAUCAAUUGGAAGAAGUUGAUCACUUCGGCUUUGAAAUCUAGCGAAGAUAAAACUUUGAAGAUGAAGAAACUGAAGAAGCUCGUUGUGGAAUCUCUUGUGGAUUCAGGCAUAAAGCGAGACAAAUCCGACGUCAGUGCAGAGCUAGAGCUAAAGGUGAACUCGAGUUCCAGAUUUACGGUUGAUGGUAAGUACGUGAAACUUGUGGCUAAAGAUUGAAUCGAAUCCUUGAGACAACGGUAACUUGCCCCAGACUCAAAAUCGGUUUUUUGCCCGUCACAUUUUUGCCAUUACCGUCUGUACCAAAAUUCUCAUUAAACUAUGGAAUUAUUUACUGGCUCUGAAUGCUUUGUUUGUUUUUUUACUAAUCGACUCAAACCAAUUGGAAAUUACAUUGUCACACUCGUUUUAAUUAAAGCUUUAACCCAUA